AUGAUAUCCUCAAACCCUACAUCGACACAUCCCGGUCACCAUCGCCGUCAACUUUCGCAGCCCUUCGAAGCCGCUCCGGCACCGCGCGCUAUGCCUGGUGCUCCAUCUUAUCGUUCGCAUCGCCGCGGUCAAACUGUGGACUAUGCUGCUCUCGGUCCACAGCUGACAUCCGCCAGCCGUGUCAGCCGCCGCACUGCGCCGAAGACGGUUCCAGAGCUGCGAGACUUUUUUAACGAAAAAUCAGGUUUCCCUCGUCAGUCCGGGGCUACACAACAGCAGCCUACGGCACAUUUGCGACAAGUCGACCAAUCCUUCUUUCCCAGUGGUCUUCCUCUGAACAGCACAUACAACCCAAUGCCGUACAUGUUGAGGGAAGAAGAACUACAGGGAAUGUUUGAAGCGGCGACUGCGGAUGCUUCUUCUAACACAUAUGCUCCGGGUCUCUCAAGGUCUGCCAGCGACAAUGCAGGAAGGACACCUUCUUUGCAAAAUGCUCUGCACCGCAUCCAGCAGGAGUGCAGCUUCCCUAUGGCCAAGGGAGAACAGCCCGUCUUGUAUUCCUGGCCGGAGCAUCAGCCUAUUGUUCAACCAAAGGCUAUAUCGCCGAAGAUGAGCACUUUUUACACAUCCCCCCUUACCCCCGAUGCGACGCCCAUGAAGGCCUCAUUUGAUUUCCCCAUGUACCACAAUGACCAAACCCCAACCAAGUCCCAAAGUUUUUCUAUUCCCCGAACCCCGGUCAGUGCUGCCAUGCAGAGAGCCCAAUCCCUGCAGGGCGCACCAGUUUCCAGCCCUCUUCAGGCUAAGAACCAGAUGCUUUCUCCCGCCGACUCGUCCUCCGUCGCUUCCUUCACAGAGUUGGCCGCAAUGCCUUCUCCAGCAUCUCGGGGUGUCUCGCCGCAAAACAUUGAUGGGACUACCACGCCAUCCACAGGUAACCAGCAUUUGCGCGAGGUUUCCCCGCGCUCCUCUCUUGACGAGUCUAUUCCUGAGCACCCUGAGGAGUUGAAUGAUUAUGAUCUUGAUGCGCGAGUCAAGGCAUCGGUCCGUGAGACUGGCGUCUCCAACGAUCAGAUCGCCAAAUAUAUCUCCGGUCCCAAUGCCGACGGCAAGUGGCAAUGUCUCUUCCCUAACUGCAACUGCGAUUUUGGACGAAAAGAAAACAUCAAAUCCCAUGUGCAAACUCACCUCGAUGAUCGUCCCUACAAAUGUGAUGUGUGCGAGAAGGAGUUUGUGCGCGGCCAUGAUCUGAAGCGUCACCUCAAAACGCACACCGGAAAGAAGCCCUAUAUCUGUGCCUGCGGCGCCAAGUUUGCUCGACAUGAUGCCCUGACUCGCCAUCGCCAGCGUGACAUGUGCGUUGGAGGUAUGACCGGUAACAUUCCGAAGACCACUCGUCGCGGACGUCCCCCAAAGAAGAACCGACCCGAUAUGGAGACUCGUCAGGCCAAGUCCACUCGCACUCGUCAGCGUGCUGCCAAUCGGGGCCCAUCGUCAUCCCCCGACGAGCCCGAAGUUGCUAGCUUCCAGGAUGGUCCAAUCUUCACCUCGCCAAACUAUGCGCCGUCGAACACCGCGUCUGCCUAUACCCCGCCCACAUCCCCUGGCGACAGUGCCAACAACGGCAACCAUACCGUCUCUUCUCCCACCCCGAUUGGAAACCAAGUCUCAUCUCAGUUUGAAGAUGAUAUGCUUCCACCCCCGUUAUCGCCCCCUCAAAUUGCCCAUGUCCGAUACGAACAAGCUAUGGCUCAGUUCAACCGCAACAUGAUUGUUGAGCCUGCCCGGGAAUACAUGUACAGCGAUUCCGCCCUCUCUCCCCAUGAGAUGUCUUCGCCUCACACCGCACCAACCCUCGCCGAAUCGUCCGUCGGCUCAGAGAUCGAUCUUUUCAUGACCCAAGAUCCCUCUGAGCAGGUCAAGGAAGAGUUCGGCACUCUCACAACCCAGAGCCUGACCGACUUUUCCAAUUCCUACUACGUGGAUGCAUCCGAUUUCCCCACAUCAUCCUUCUACCAAGACCUGCCCGAGAAGCCAUUCUCUGGCCUCGACACCAUGGAUGAUCCUUACGCGGACUCGAUCGACACGCUGUCCAAUGAAUUCUUGGUUGACCCUUGA